CAGGACUGCCUCUUUGCUAGAGUUUCAGUCAUGGGGAAAUCCGAAAGCCAAAUGGGUAUUGCGGAGAAAUUGUCCAGAUCCAGGAAGAAACCUUGGAGCGUCCUGGAGCUGGGACUGUCAGUGCUGCUGCUUCUCAUGACCUGCUCCUUGGUCACUCUGCUAAUCCUCUACAUGGAAGCCAAGGGGAAGCCACUGCUGCUCUUUCCCAUUUCGUUCUAUAUCCCAAGAGAAGAGAAGACUUUUGUAAGAAGAGAUUUCACAGACCCCAGAAUUGCUACCAGUUUUGGAGAAAUCUGUGUCCACCCUGGCUGUGUGAUAACAGCUUCUAGGAUCAUCCAGAACAUGGACCCCACCAGUGAGCCUUGUAAUGACUUUUACCAGUAUGCCUGCGGGGGCUGGAUCAACCGCCACGUGAUUCCGGAGAGCAGCUCUCGAUACAGCAUCUUUGAUAACCUGCGGGAUGAGCUGGAAAUCAUACUCAAAGGUGUGCUGGAGACCCCUAGAGAGGGAGACCGGAAUGCCAUCCAGAAAGCAAAGAUGCUCUAUAGUUCCUGCAUGAAUCAAAGUCUGAUCGAAUCACGGGACUCUCAGCCUCUGUUAAAGAUCUUAGAAAUUGUGGGAGACUGGCCAGUGGCUACUGACAACUGGAAGGAAAUCAGAGAACCCUACUGGGUCAUGGAAGAGAAGCUGUCAAUGAUGAACUCCCAGUUCAACAAACGGCUCCUCAUUGACAUGUUUGUUUGGAAUGAUGAUCGAGACUCCAGAAGCCACAUCAUCUAUAUUGACCAGCCAUCACUGGGCAUGCCUUCCAGAGACUAUUACUUCAACAGUGGCAACUACCAGAGGGUCCGGGAGGCAUACCUCCAGUUCAUGAUCAGCAUUGCCAAGAUGAUUCGAGCCGAUCUGAACUUCACCAAAGAUGAUGAGUUUGUAGAGAAUGAAAUGUUGCUGGUGAUGAAAUUUGAAACUGAAAUUGCCAAAGCCACUUCACCUCAAGAGGAAAGGCAUGAUGUCACUCUCCUCUAUCACAGAAUGAAUAUAUCUCAACUCCAGAGUACCUUUCCCUUCAAGGUCUGUGAUCCUUUCUCACAGAACUUCAAUUGGACUGUCUUUAUACAAAUUGUCAUGUCCUCGGUAAACAUUAACAUCCUGGAAAAUGAGGAGGUCGUGGUGUAUGGGGUUCCUUACCUCCAGAGUCUUCAAGAAAUCAUCAGCAAGUACCCAGCCAGAACCAUCCAAAACUACCUGGUCUGGCGCCUGGUGCAGGAUCAAAUUAGUAACCUGAGCCAUCGAUUCAAGGAAGCCCGAGUCAGCUAUCGCAAGGCUCUGUAUGGGACUUCGCUGGAGGACGUACAGUGGCGGGAAUGCGUGCGUUAUGUCAACAACAACAUGGAGAGCGCAGUGGGUGCCCUCUACGUGAAACAAUCAUUUGCUGGCGAGAGUAAGAGGAUGGUGAGUGAUCUCAUCCAAAAAGUACGUGAGGUCUUUAUUGAGACCCUCAAUGAGUUACAAUGGAUGGAUGAACUGUCCAAGAAGAAGGCUCAGGAGAAGGCCACAGCCAUAAAGGAGCAGAUUGGUUACCCAGACUACAUUUUAGAAGAGCAAAAUAACAAACUUGAUGAUGAAUAUUACCAGCUGAACUUCACAGAGGACAUGUUCUUUGAGAACACACUGCAGAACCUCAAGUCCAAUGCACAGAAAAGCCUGAAGAAAUUGAGGGAGAAGGUGGACCAGGAUGUCUGGAUCAUCGGGGCUGCCGUAGUCAAUGCCUUUUACUCUCCAAAUCGAAACCAGAUUGUGUUUCCUGCUGGGAUCUUGCAGCCCCCUUUCUUCAGCAAACAGCAGCUUCAGGCCUUGAACUUUGGGGGGAUUGGGAUGGUGAUUGGCCAUGAGAUCACCCAUGGGUUUGAUGACAAUGGAAGAAACUUUGACAAAGAUGGAAACAUGUUGGACUGGUGGAGUAACUUCUCAUCUCAGCACUUCAAGGAGCAGACAAAGUGCAUGGUGUACCAGUAUGGCAACUAUACCUGGGACCUGGCCGGCGGCCAGCAUGUAAGUGGGAUUGGCACACUAGGAGAAAACAUUGCAGAUAAUGGAGGCAUUCGGCAAGCUUAUAAGGCUUACAUAAAGUGGGUGGAACAGGAAGGACAAGAGCCCAAACUGCCAGGACUGAAUCUCACCCAUGAGCAGCUUUUCUUCGUCAACUUUGCCCAGGUUUGGUGUGGGUCCUACAGACCGGAGUAUGCCAGCCAGUCCAUAAAGACAGACGUCCACAGUCCUCUGAAGUACAGGGUGAUGGGGUCCUUGCAAAACUUUGAAGCCUUCUCGGAAGCCUUCCAUUGCCACACAGGGACAGUGAUGCACCCAGAGGAGAAAUGCAGAGUGUGGUAG